AUGAUAGACAUCUACAUGGGCAUGUACUACAACACGAUAAUCGGCUGGGCAGUGUACUACUUGAUAGCUUCCCUGGCGUCCGUGAGCUCCGUGCUGCCGUGGACCAGCUGCGACAAUGAAUGGAACACGCCCCUCUGCACGCCGAUCACCUCGCCACAGAUCUUCUUAAACGCUUCUACGCCCGCCAAGGAGUUCUUUGAACGCAGCGUGUUGGAACAACAUAAAUCAAACGGUCUGGAUGACAUGGGACCGAUCAAGCCAUCGCUUGCUCUGUGCGUCUUCGGCGUGUUCGUGCUAGUCUACUUCUCGUUGUGGAAGGGUGUCAGAAGUGCUGGGAAGGUUGUGUGGGUUACUGCUUUAGCACCAUACGUGGUCCUGCUAAUCCUACUCGCAAGAGGAGUCACGCUGCCUGGAGCUACUGAAGGGAUACGAUACUAUCUCACUCCUGAAUGGCAUAAGUUGCAGAACUCCAAGGUGUGGAUCGACGCUGCAUCUCAAAUCUUCUUCUCUCUGGGCCCCGGGUUCGGCACGCUGCUGGCGCUCUCCAGCUACAACAAGUUCAACAACAACUGUUACCGCGACGCCCUCAUCACUUCCUCCAUCAACUGCCUCACCAGCUUCCUCGCCGGCUUUGUUAUCUUCUCUGUCCUAGGGUAUAUGGCGCACGUGCAAAACAAGAGCAUCGAGGAUGUGGGUCUAGAAGGCCCUGGCCUGGUGUUCAUCGUGUACCCCGAGGCGAUCGCCACUAUGACCGGCUCCGUGUUCUGGGCUAUCAUUUUCUUUUUGAUGCUGAUCACGCUCGGCUUAGAUAGUACUUUUGGAGGCUUGGAAGCGGUGACGACGGCGCUCUGUGACGAGUACCCGCGUGUGUUGGGCCGCCAUCGCGAAAUAUUUGUGGCCGUGUUGUUGCUUUUCAUAUACAUCUGCGCCCUGCCUACUACCACAUACGGGGGCGUGUAUCUAGUGGACUUGCUGAACGUGUAUGGGCCGGGGCUGGCGAUCUUGUUUCUGGUGUUCGCGGAGGCGGCGGGCGUGUGCUGGCUGUAUGGCGUCGAUCGCUUCUCCGAGGACGUGAAGAGCAUGCUGGGACACACGCCCGGCUUGUUUUGGCGCGUUUGUUGGACCUACAUCAGUCCGGUGUUCCUGCUGGUUCUGUUCGUGUUCUCGGUGCUGUCGCACGAGGAGAUGCUGGGCGGCGAGUACACGUACCCGCGUUGGUCCAUAGCCGUCGGCUGGCUCAUGACCGGCACCACCGUCUCCUGCAUACCGAUCUACUUCAUCUACAAGCUGCUCAUUACACCUGGAACCUGCUACAACCGCUUGAAAACAAUCAAGCGUCCAGUGGAGAGGUCGGUGCCGGGCGGCGACGUGUCCGCGCUGUGA